UGAAAACCAGUGACGUUUUAUUAGUUGAAGAAGAUUAUUUGUAAUUAAUUUUUUGUUUGUCUGAAUUUGGAAACAAUUCCUGUGCUACCGAUAUCAAAUGUAACGCAAAAAGGGUCCUGGUGACUUGUAAAAUUGCAUAUAUUUUGUUACACGUUAGUGGCUGCUAGGUAAACAAUAAAAAUGACUGAGACGCGUCGUUCGCAACUCCAUCUGGGGAAGUGCAUAGAGGAUUUGGACAAAUUACACAACGUACCUGACUUGAAAUCAAAAAGAGCUACUAUGUUAUGCAAAACUGCACAGAAACUCUUCGAAUCUGCUGAGGAGGCUCGUGAAAAGGGUGAUGAAGAGACUUCCUACGUUCAGUAUAUGAAGUACCUUCGUGUUAUCGCGUUUAUCAGCAAAGAUAAGGACUAUAUUAAAGACAAGACUUACUAUACAAGUAUGCUUGGUGCCAAGAACCCUAAUAAGGCCUUAGAUGCGGCUGAGAAGUUGAAAAAUAGCUUGAUUAUGAGAUAUGAGGAAGAGAGACAAAAUGAGCGGCUCAAUGAUAUCAAAGAGAAUGAGUUGAUCAAACAGAAGAUAGAUGAGAACAGAAAGAAGGCUAUGGAAGCUGUUACUGUGAAAGAACCUGCUAACCAGGGUUUGCCUGGUCCUGAUGAAGUAGUGAUAAAUAGCGAGCAGUUGUACGCUACACUGAAGAGUGGCAAGUUGAAGGUGAUGAUCUUGGAUGCGAGGCCGGGCAAGGAUUACAUUGAGUCCCACAUCAACCACCCUGCUUGCAUCAGUGUGCCGGAAGAGUGUAUAUCACCUGGCCAAUCAGCCAACGUCUUAGAGCAGAACCUCCCAGCCGCGUCCAGACCAGUGUGGGCUGAGCGUGCGUCCAUGGACCUUAUCGUGAUGCUGGACUGGAACAGCUCCGCCGUCAUUCCGGGCAAAACACUGCAUCUGUUGAAGACCAUACUUCUUCGGUGGGACAUCAAAGUGCAGUACUCCAGGCAACCCCUGGCAUUACGGGGCGGCUAUGAAGACUGGCUGCUGAAAUACCCAGCCUUCACCACCAACCCUCAGCCCACCACACCCCAUCAUGAUACCAUGCUUGAUGAUAUGCUAGGAGAGAUAGACUACCCGAACUGGUCGGACCUGAGCCCACCCAUGGUCACAGUUAAUCGUGUUGCCAAGCCCACCAGUGGGGGACCUCUUAUAGACAGAACUAGUAAGAUGGCAGCUGUACAACUGUACGAGGAACGAGCUAGAAGCAUGCAGAACAUUCUAGAACAGCAAGAGCGCAUCGCUGAUACCUCUCUCACGCUCGAGAUGCAGCGCUUGGAAGCUGAGCAGGAUUGGGAGAAGAUCCGGCAACAGAAUGAAGAUGAGAACAGGGACGAGAUUCGAGCUAUGUACAAGUUGCGCGAACAAGAGAUCAUAUCGCAGCUGAUGCAACUGGAGAGCAAGCAAUAUGAUAUGGAACAAGAGAACCAAACUCUCCGCGAGCAGUUGGAGGAGUAUCAGCGGAGAGAGAAGGAAGAGGCAGCCAAUAUCGCGGAGACCAUCGCCAAAGUCGCCGAGCAAACUGGUGUCACUGACAAUGAAGCACAAGUGGACGAGCGGUCUCGCCAAGCCGCGGCAAGGGACGUGGCGGCCAAGCGAGCUCGUAUAGCGGCCGUGAGAGCGCAGAGAGACGAGCUGGACCGGCGCCGCGAGGCCAUGGAGGUGGAGCGCAAGCGGAAACUCGCCGAGGCCCGGACCAAGCGGAAGCCGCACGAGAAGGAGGAUGAUGGCGACGCCUACAUGGCAUCUCCCACCGAUAGCACCGGGGCGGCCGGCCUCAACCGGUCACAGUCAUCGCCCAACAUUGCUAAGCUUUCGUCAGACGAGGAUGAGGUCAGCACGCCAACCUUCGACCGAAGCACGAAGCCGACCAAAGUGGCACCCUCUAGUGAAAUGCACCACCGGGACUUCCAACCCGUCUGGGGUGAUGUGGGGCGAGGUCUGACGGGUCUGAAGAACCUCGGCAACACUUGCUAUAUGAACUCGAUCAUCCAGUGCCUGAACAAUACCGCCAUCCUCGUCACAUACUUCUGCAACGGACAGUACCUCGAGCACGUUAACAGGUCGCACAGUACGCGAGGGGCGAUAGCUGAGGAGCUGGCGGCGGUCGUCCGCGCGCUGUGGUCGGGGCAGUAUCGAUUCAUCGCGCCCAAAGAUUUACGGAACGAAGUAGGUAAGCACCAGCGCGCGUUUCGCGGCACAGAACAGCAAGAUUCUCACGAAUUUCUAACUAUCCUUAUGGAUUGGCUACAUCUCGACCUGCAGUUCACCAUCAAACCACCACACAAGGAAACGUUGGGCGCGUCAGAACGCGCAUGGCACGAAUACACCAAGUCAAAAGAAAGCCUGGUUUUAAGGCUAUUCUAUGGACAAAUCCGGUCAACGGUGCGGUGUUCGGUGUGUCGAGCAAGCUCGGCCACGUACGACUCGUUCUCCAACUUAUCGUUAGAACUGCCCGCGCACGCCUCCAGGUGCACGUUAGCUGACUGUCUAAAACUCUACCUAAACGACGAAAUGAUACCAGGAUGGAACUGCCCGAACUGUAAAGAAAAACGAGAUGCCGUCAAAAAACUAGACAUUUCCAGACUACCCCCCGUUCUAGUCAUACACUUCAAACGAUUCUACGUAGACCCUAAAGAAUACAUGUGCAACGCGUAUAGAAAAAAGCAGACUUAUAUAGACUUUCCUUUAGAGGAUCUGGAUAUGAGGCAGUUUUCGCUGCAGUGUCCCGGGAAUCCGAUAUAUAAUUUAUACGCCGUGUCUAACCAUUACGGGUCUAUGGAAGGUGGACAUUAUACUGCGUACUGCAAAAGUAGCGUCUAUGGCAAAUGGUACAAAUACGACGACCAUCUGGUAACCGAAAUCCCCGCGAGCGAAGUGCGCUCGAGCGCGGCCUACAUCCUAUUCUACUCUGCCUGCUCGCGCUCGUGAUGCCGCGCCACGCCACGCCACGUCGCGUCGCGCGACGUCACGCCACGCCACGCCACGCCCUCGCGUAGCGCGCCCGACCACCGAGUGACGAUACAUUAAACCUUAAUAAAAUGCUUAAGUUUCUUCCA